AACAGUAGUAGCCAGUGAUCGUCAGUAAUUACAAUUGGUCAUCGUCGUUUAGAUUGGAGAAGUUAUUUGAACUGCUCAGGACAGCUAAAAAAUGCCGAGUCAAGAAGUUGUUACUACGAAAGUAGUAGUCCAUCCUUUAGUUUUAUUAAGUGUAGUGGAUCAUUUUAAUCGUAUGGGAAAAAUUGGAAAUCAAAAAAGAGUGGUUGGUGUUCUUCUUGGUUGUUGGAGAGCCAAAGGUGUCUUGGAUGUGUCAAACAGUUUUGCAGUACCUUUCGAUGAAGAUGACAAAGAUAAAAGUGUAUGGUUCCUUGACCAUGAUUAUCUUGAAAAUAUGUAUGGAAUGUUCAAAAAAGUAAAUGCUCGAGAGAAAGUAGUAGGUUGGUAUCACACAGGACCUAAACUACAUCAAAAUGACGUCGCCAUCAAUGAACUAAUUAGAAGAUACUGCCCAAAUUCUGUAUUAGUCAUUAUAGAUGCUAAACCAAAGGAUUUAGGUCUUCCUACUGAGGCAUAUCAAGCAAUAGAAGAAGUACAUGAUGAUGGUUCCCCAACAUCUAAAACAUUUGAGCAUAUACCUAGUGAAAUAGGCGCUGAAGAAGCCGAAGAAGUAGGAGUAGAGCAUUUAUUACGUGAUAUUAAGGAUACAACAGUUGGUACACUUAGUCAACGUAUCACAAAUCAACUUCUUGGGUUGAAGGGUCUUCAUGAGCAGAUAAGAGAAAUUAGGGAUUAUUUAUUACAAGUUGGUAAUGGUAAAUUACCAAUAAAUCAUCAAAUUGUAUACCAAUUACAAGAUAUAUUUAAUUUACUACCAGAUAUGACACAAAGCAGUUUUGUGGAUUCAUUGUAUGUUAAAACAAACGAUCAAAUGCUGGUAGUAUAUUUAGCAGCACUCGUGAGAUCUAUAGUCGCUCUUCAUAACUUGAUAAACAAUAAAUUGACCAAUCGUGAUGCAGAAAAAAAAGAAAUGGACAAGAAAGAUGCUAAAAAAGAUGAGAAAAAAGAAGAAGAUAAGAAAGAUGAAAAAGAGAAAGGAAAAACUAAAAGUCAAUGAGUAAGAAAUAUUAUAUCUCCAUAAAGGGCAAAAUCCAUUAUUAAGACCAUCAAAGUUAAGAAUAAUUAUUAACUUCGCAUAUGUAAAUAGCGAUGCUUGUUUAUAAUCUAUACAUAAUGAAUUUGUAUUUUGCAAAAAAUCAACAGAAAUGAACUAUUAGAUUAUUAUAGAAUGACGUAGUUAACCAUUUUCAUGCUUUCAGAAUUAUCAUAAUUGCAUAUUAAUUCUAUCAAAUAAAAAUAAUGUAAAUCUUGUAAAUGCCACAUAUACGUUGUUAUUACAAUUUCUAAUGUACUACAUGACGAUAUAAAAUGUGGAAAUGAAGACUAACUUUAGUUGAUACAUAAUUCAUUCAUACAUAAUUAUAUGUUGUUUUCUUCUAGUUGAUAAUUUUAGAGAAUCGAUCAUACGAAUUAUCUGAUUAUACAGAAACAGAAUUUUUCUAUGAAAUCAAUUGCAAUGGAUUUAUCAAAUGAUUAUAAAUAUUUUAUAAAGAUCAUAGAGACACUCUAUUUUGUAGGAAAUGCAAUUUUUUACCUAAAAUAUUGGAGUCUUAAUAAAAAAAAAAAUCUUACAUA